AUGGAACCAAUAAUCCUCCAAGAAGGACGCUUUGAGCCAUACUCUCCUGGAGUUAUUGAUCUUGAAGACUUCCUCGACAUUGAGCGCCUCUGUGAGGGAACUUCAACACCCCCAAAGUCAGCCCAACCUCUUACACCUUUAAACGAGAUCCCUAUCCCUGCUGCCACUAGCAAACAGCAAUGUUCCGAAAAGAAGAGACAGGAUGAUACACAAGGUGACUAUGAGACGAAUCGACCAUUUAAUCAGCAAAGGCGUAAAGGAAUUCGCUCAACUGCCUCAGUCCCUGAAUAUUCCGUCAUAUGUUUCCCCUCUAACCCCACCAAGCCCGAUGGGAUCAAGAAGAAGAGAAAGGACUUUGAUGAAAAAAGGAGGCUUGAAGUUGCGCGAGUCCGGAAAACUGGCGCUUGCUUCAGAUGCAAAGUUCGAAGAAUAUCUUGUGGCGUAGGGGCUCCAUGUCAAGCAUGUGAAAAAGCAGCUGGUAUUCUUGGAACUCAGUUGUGUAUCCGUGAGAAGUUGACGAAAAUGAGAUUCAGCUCAGGAGACCUUCACUAUAUCGAUUAUACUGCGAGAUUGCUAAACCAGGAGCUUAUCGCAGGCACAACUCAUCUUGGACCACAUCGAAAAGUCUCCUUGUCCAUGGACUACCUUGACAACCCAGUUCUUGAAGUUGAAGUACAGGAUUAUUAUGGAAACACAACACCACCAUGGUUCUGUUGCUGGGUCGUGACGGAUCAAGUUGGGGAGCAAGUCGAAUCAUACCGCCAAGAAAGCGCCCGCUAUGCCUUACCGCAGCUUCUUCCACCCAGCCAACUGAUUGACUGGGUCGAAAGAAUGAUCGUUCAUCAGGAUACCCGCUGCAUAGGCUUCCAGCAAACCGUGGAUUCAUUCGUCUUGAGAUACAGUCAAUCGGAAGCAUCCCUGCCUAUGUACGAAUUUGUCCGUAAAGUACACAGGCUCAAUUGUCUGACAAAGAUCCGCUUGGGCCUCAUUCUUUGCAUGGAAAGGGAGGGAAAUAUGACUCCGCCAUCUUGUGCGUUGCAUACCCAGUUCGGCCAGAUCUCAAAAGCGGCCUCCCAACCAAUAGAGAAAGAAGUUCUUCUUGAGCUCGAGAAAAUUGUCUUUGGAACUGCGGGCAUUGGGCCCGAUAACUCAAUAGCCCUCUGGGCCAGCCUGUGGUGUCUGAUUCUAAUGUAUCGGAAACUCGUCCACACAUAUAUGGCCUUCCAAGAAUUUCCUUGUCAUGUGCCUGAAGAGUACAGCGGGUUUCCGGAGUGCAAGCUCGAAGUCGGCACACAUUUCUAUCACUAUCUCGUGUCUAUCUAUGCAGCCCUGUUCCGCGUAACUAGUCCGCUCUAUGCCGACUUCCGGGUAGCUGCAACACGCAAGCUUCUCAACGAUGACGAGUCUCUUAUCGAAGCCUUCAUGAGCUUACGCACUGAAAGCUUCUAUUUCCAAAGAGAGUCCAUGUCUAUGUCAGCGUCACACGAUCAAUUGCUACGUAGAAUGAUACUGGAUCGAGAAGCGGGACUUAAGCCGAAACAACUACAGACAAAGUAA